GCCAUCAUGAAAAAGUUUUUUGGGUCCAUAAAAAAGAAGGCACAGUUGUCCACUCCCCCCUUUUUCAACCGAAGUGAGAGCAACAGCAGCAUCAAGGGGGCAGGUAGUAGCAGCUACAUCCCCACUCCCCCAAACUCCCCAGGGUAUUGCAUCCGCUUUAAGGACCUGGGGAAACUUCACAAAGCUGCCUCCGUUGGGGACCUGGCGAAGGUGCAGCAUCACCUGCUGUUCAAGAAACAGGACCUGAACAAGCGGGAUAAAGAACACAGGACACCUUUGCACCUGGCUUGUGCUAAUGGUUAUCCAGAUGUUGUAUCCCUCUUAGUGGAGAGAAAAUGCAAAUUAAACAUCCGUGACAGUGAAAAUAGAUCCCCUUUGAUUAAGGCAGUACAAUGUCAGCAGGAAGAAUGCGCAAUGAUUCUUCUAGAAAAUAAAGCAGAGCCCAAUCUUAUGGAUAUCAACAAAAAUACUGCUCUUCACUAUGCUGCUCGUGGGCAUAAUAUAUCAUUAGUGAAUAAAUUGAUCGAACAUAAAGCUGACAUUGAAGCGCAAAAUAAGGAUGGGUACACACCACUUUUACUUGCUAUUACUGAAAAUAACCCAGAAAUGGUGGCCACUCUCUUGAAUAAAGGAGCCGACGUGAAUGCUUCAGAUAAGUUACAGAGAACGGCCCUUAUGCUUGCUGUUGGUGGUGAACCAAUUGGAAUAGUCAAUCUUCUCCUACAACAUGAUAUUGACCUCUCCCUCCAAGAUAUAUAUGGAUUGACGGCUGAGGAAUAUGCCACUUGUAGUGGAUAUUCAAUUCAUCAUGAACUAAUUUCUCAAUAUAAAAUUCAGAAGAACCUUAAGAAACCCAUUUUUCCUGAAAUGAGCUGUCCAGAGAGGAUUUCUGCUAUUAAAAUUUCUUAA